AGAGCGAGGCUAGGGUAGAGAGGCCGACCGUAGCAGGAGUCGUCCGCUUGUCGUGGAGGCUGCUCAGAGCCGGUGAGAGAGGGUGAGCGGGCGAGCAGACGAGCGAGCGAGAAGCCAGGCAAGAAGGGGCGUCGCGCGGCGCACGGGAGCGCCGGGCCCCGGCCGCGGCGGAAGCACAGCCGGAGCUGGGCGCCGCGGGUCCCCACCCCCACUCGCCGGACGGUGCCCGGUGUUCCCCCGUGCGGGGGGCGGCGGCGGCGGCUGACCCGACCGGACAGGACUUCGGAGGUGUUGCCACCUCCACUGAGGAGCCGGCGCGGCCGCGGGCCCCUUAGAGCUGGGCCCGGGGCCCGUGACAGACGGGUCCAGGAAGGAAGAGAGGCGGCGGCGGCGGCGGCGCAGGCGACGGGGCGGCAGCGGCGACACCAUGUCAUCCCCCAGUCCGGGCAAGAGGCGGAUGGACACGGACGUGGUCAAGCUCAUUGAGAGUAAACAUGAAGUUACGAUCCUGGGAGGACUCAAUGAAUUUGUAGUGAAGUUUUAUGGACCACAAGGAACACCAUAUGAAGGUGGAGUAUGGAAAGUUAGAGUGGAUCUUCCUGACAAAUACCCUUUCAAAUCACCAUCGAUAGGAUUCAUGAAUAAAAUUUUCCAUCCCAACAUUGAUGAAGCGUCAGGAACUGUGUGUCUAGAUGUAAUUAAUCAAACUUGGACAGCUCUCUAUGAUCUUACCAAUAUAUUUGAGUCCUUCCUGCCCCAGUUGUUGGCCUAUCCUAACCCCAUAGAUCCUCUGAAUGGUGAUGCUGCCGCCAUGUACCUCCACCGACCAGAAGAAUACAAGCAGAAAAUUAAAGAAUACAUCCAGAAAUAUGCAACGGAGGAGGCCCUGAAGGAGCAGGAAGAGGGCACUGGUGACAGCUCAUCAGAGAGUUCUAUGUCUGACUUUUCGGAAGAUGAAGCCCAGGACAUGGAAUUGUAGUAGAAAAAGCACCUGCUUUUCAGAAAGACUAUUGUUUCCUAACCAUGAGAAGCAGACUAUAAUAUUCAUAUUUAAACAAAGCAAUUUUUUUUAUUACUAAACAAGGUUUUUAUGAAUAAUAGCAUUGAUAUAUAUAUAUUAUAUAUCACCCUUUAGAUCUUGAUUUCUUGGUCAUUUCUCAACCUGAGGUGCAUAGCAUAUUCCCACAUUCCAUUUUGGUAGCAAUAUGCGGUCCGAAUGCAUGCAUUCAUAAGUCCAUUGGCCAAGUCAGUCUGUGUGCUGCUGAAUUGUCAAAAGAAAUAGCCACUCUGAUACGUAGACAUGAGUGAAACUUACAGGAGUUGCUUCUUUCUCGGUGGUUCCAAAGAAACAAACCAAACCCUACCAGCUCUUGGAUGAAGAUAGAAUAGUGCUUUUUCAGAGUGGAAAGGAAAAAAUUGGGGAGGAAGAGGCCUGCUUCAGGAGCAUGUAGAGCCAGCCAUGUGCGAAUCAGCUGUUCCUUCCUGUGAGGCCUGGGGGUGGGGGGCCCAUUCUGUGGAGUAGCAGUGUAAAACAGGGAGCUAAUUGGAAAAACGAAACUUAAAAAUAUUUUUUGACUUGGGUCUUGAGUGCAUUUUUAUGUGUAAAUUCCUGCCCUUCAUGCUACUAGACCUGCAGCCACAGUGUUUUUGCUUUGGAGAACUUUUGGGAAUUGUUCUCUGAUCCUGAUUCUUUUUCUUGGGGUACAGCGCAUCAUCCAGACCAUUUUUGAGAGGAUAGGACAGGAGGAGGAAGGUGACAGAAGAAGCGAAACUCUUCCUGAUCUGGGCCAGUUGGAGACCACCACCCUGGACAAAAGCUUUAAACUGGAGGGAGUUUCUUGUUUGCUUGGGUUGUUUUGUUUUGUUGUUUCUUUUUAAAUUUGUGUGAGUUGUGCUUAGGUUAUGAAUUUAAUCUUGCCCUACCAAGAGACAGUCUCCUCUCUGGCCAAGCCUCUUAGCGGACCAUUACAUACAUGUCAGAAGACGGCCUGCCUGGUAACCGUAAGGCCUUCGGCACUCUCCUUCACGUCUGGGUUUUGUUUUCCCUCCAGCUGCUGCUCCCGGGGUCGCCUGGCCAUCAUCUGCUUGUAGAAGUAAACACUGAGUAUUUCAGACCUAACACGUAUUCGAAAUUUAUACCGAGUAAUAAUUGGAACAAGUAGACAUCUUGUACUCACAGUGGCUCGAUCUGGGGGAAAGCAGCUUUCUUCUGAGUUUGACUAGGAAGAAAGGAUUGGCGACCGGGUGCAGCGAGAGAGGCAGAGAGGGGAGGACGCCUGUCUCCUGUGCACGCAGCGCGAGAGAGGAAGGCUUCACGCCAGCUGCUGGCCCAGGCUCUGCUCAGCUAACCUGCGCCCAGGUUGUCUGAACGUUGCCUGCAGAAUCUGGAGGGAACCGGAGACUCUUUAGGCAGAGCUCUAUUCUUUUUGCCACAACCAGUGGGACAAUAGCAGAAUUAGCUGGUCCUAAAACCUUCUAAAGACAACUUCUGAAUGUCCCUCUGGGAUAACUUUUCUUUUUGAUGUGUGUUUUUAGUUUAGACGUACUAUAUUCCACAAGGUUUAAGUCAAUGAGGUUGGAAGAGACCCUAUCUUUUUUUUUUUUAAUUCAAAAAGCACAAUCAAUCUUUUCUUUGAAAAUCUAUAUAGAGUACAACUUGCUUUUAGCAUGAUUAUUUUCCUAAAUAAAAAGACAAAGAAUUUGCUUAUUUGAUGUUAAUUACGGGCAUGAAGCGAAAGGUUGUUGCAAAUGUGAAGUUCCGUAGGGCUGUGGUUAGUAACUGUGCUGAGUUCUCUGGAGCAUUGGUGGCUUGUCGAGAGGGCAGUGUUAACUAGUUGACAUGUAAUGGUGUACUUUUACCUACGCCACUGUCUUCUCAUUGCUUUGGGGGCGGGAGGGUCUCUGGCAGCACUGUCACUUGCUUCCUUGCUGCUUUAGCAGUUUGCCUGUGCUAUAACCUUCACUGUAGGUGCUACUAGGUAGGCUUGAAGUGCUGGGUGGUGAUUUGAAUUCAAACAAUAAAAAAAUGUAUUUUUUCAAUAUUGUAUACACAAUAGUGUUCUAAUUACCGUUCAAAAAAAAAGUCCAGAUAAUUGCAUUUGAUCUUGUCCAAAAUACCCCAAACCUAGUCUAACCAAGUUUCAGGAAGAUCUGUGAGCAAUAGUGCUGCAGCUCUGUCCCCCAUGAAAGCCACUUCGCUCCCAUAGCAACACAGCAGCCUUCUCACCUCCCAGAGCUCCAGGGGCAGCAACUCUGAGUUCUGCAGAACUCCCCAUGAAGACGGCCGGGGCCACUGCACCACGUGGCUGCUGUGUGCGCGAGCACAUCCAUCCAAGUGGGUGACAAAGGUGGGACUAGGCCUCUCAGCACCGGAAGUUCCUGUGACUCUCCAGAUCACAAUGUACCCUCCCUUUUCUGGUCACUAACAUGGUUCCAUGCAUGUUCUAGGCCUUUUCUUCUCCGCUAGGAAACUGACUUUGCUAUACCUAGUCUAACCCUUCCCUGCUCCUGGGCGAGGCGGGACCAGGAGAUCACACUAGCGUUAGAGCAGCUGGACUCCCAUCAUAGAUGCAGCCUUCCCCAGCAUCAGGGGCCUCUAGAGCCCCAGAAGGCUGAGCAUGGGAGCCCUUCAGAACUCUGCUGCCAGUUUUCUCCCUUAGCACCCAUUGAUUUUGAGUGCCCGCCUUGUGAUUUACCAACAGGAGCCAUUCUUUGCUCCAAUUCAAGUAACUGAGCUCAUGCUGUUGCCAAAAUACCAACAAAAAAGGUGGAAUAGCCAGCAGUGCCGAAUUUACUGCUCUAGCCCUCCAGAAGCCCAGCAUAGGCCAAUGGGUGGUAUCCAAGUAGUAGCCAACCUAGACCCUGACAUGGUGGCUUUUUUUUUUUUUUGUCCUAAGUCUCGUUACUGUCCUUGAGGUUACUUGUGGUUUCAACCAGCAUCUUAUACUAGCAAGAAAGUGAUCAGAAGUUUCCAUUUACUUUCUCCAGUACUAAUUUUCAUCCACUUCAGAAGCUAUUCUAAGUUGCCAACUGGCUGAUAAAAGCUCCUGAGAAUAUCUCCUUUCAAAGAUACUUUGCUCUGCAAAGGGCUCAUGGAGCCCUAGUUAACCUUGGUGUGAUGCUUGCAUUUUUUCCUUGGGAUGACUGAGAUCAUGUCAUUCCCAUCCUCUGCUAGCCUCCGUGGGGUCACGUUUGUAGACACCAAGAUUUGGCAACUGGUGUUUGAUUUUCAGUGGCUCUUCUAAGUUGGAAUGGUUCAGAAAUGAAAGCCAUUUACAAGAGUUGGCAGAGUUUUUCAUCUCACCAACUUCCUAACUGGGCUCACAGCGUUGUGGAGAAAUCAAAUUGUUUCCGAUUGGGAAUAAAAGCUGCAUUUCUUUGGACUUCUGAAUCCAUGUUUAUACUUCCUCUGUCCACUGAACACCUUGGCCAUCCCAUUAGAGGCUGAAUGAAGACCCAGUGGGGCCAAGUUAGCCUUGGGCGAGCAGAUCUCCACUCUCCUAAGGAAGGGCCAGGGCUCUGGUUUUAGCAGAUACUUGUCUUGGUUGAAAGUUUGGGAAGAAAUGGCCACUAUUUACUGAUUGUAUUUGGUACAUAUUGUGUGAUACUUGAAAAGAUAAAAGGGAUCUACCAGCCCUUAAUUAAGAUCUAAGCUUUUUACUGCUUUUUUCCCUUGCCCUGUCUCCUCCUUUCCACCUUACUCCUUGCAUUGUGGUGAUCUAGUGGGCACGUCUGUCACCAGACAACUUGCCUCCUCUGACUAUAACCUCUUAAUAGUUGUGUAUAAUGAAAACUGUAAACUUUUUUAAAUAAAAUGUGUAUAUACCUUA